UGAAAAGAUUUCGGAGAGAUAAACAAGAAAAUAAGAAAGAGAGAGAUUAGCCGGGGUACUUUAAUUGAGGUCUCUUAAUAGUCCGAUACCUAUUUCCUUUUCUGCCAUAAUCAAUGGCGAAAAACUUCACCAAUACGGCGAGCGCCAUGAUUUUGAGUUCUGAAAAUCACCCAAAGCUCUUGGCCUCAGUAGACAUGGGCUCCAAUUCCUUCAAGAUGGUCCUGGUUAGAGCUGAACCCAGUGGCCGAUUCCUUCGAAUUGAUCGCCAUAAAGAACCAGUAAGUCUUGGGCGCUAUAGGCUCUGUGAUGGCUCUCUUGGACCUGGACCAGAGGCCAAAACCAUUGAAGCCUUGAACAAUUUCAUGGGCCUUGCGAAGAAUUACAGUGCCCAAGUGAGCGUUGUUGCGACAGCGGCCAUUAGAGAAGCUAUUAACAGAGAAGCUUUCUUGAGAAACGUAGAGGAGAAAACUGGAGUAAGAAUCAGCCUUUUAUCAGGUGAGGAGGAGGCAAGAUUAAUCUAUCUUGGGGUGCUUCAAUUUCUCCCACUCUAUAAACAGACAAUUCUCACCGUUGAUAUUGGAGGUGGGUCAACUGAAUUUGUGGUUGGGUGUCAAGGAAAAGUGCUUUUUGCCACUUCUCUGAAGCUUGGGCACAUUGAUUUAACAGAAACCUUCAUAAAAAAUGAGAAUUCAAUUGAGCCGAGUGAGAAAGUGGAGAUUGCGAAUUCAAUUGGGUUGAGAGAGAAAGAUGAAAUUGGGAAAUCAAUUGGGUUGAGAGAGACAGUAGGGCUUGGGAAUUCAAUUGGUUUAAGAGAAAAAAAAGAAAUCGGGAAUUUAAGUGGGCUGAGAGAUAAAGUCAAGAAUUUGAGGCAGCAAGUGCGUCUGGUUCUCCAGGGAUCUCCUUUGGUUAAGUUUGUUGAGAAUUCCAAGAUCGAGAGAGUGGUCGGAACCUCGGGUACAAUAAAAGCAAUUGCGAAGGCAAUCUACAGAAGCCAUGCCUGUAAUUUCCCACUUUUUGAGGAAUCUGAGCAAUGGGGAUUCGGUAAAAGAGAGUUGGGUUCCAUCAUUGAGAAACUUUGCAGUGGACAAGAAGAUGCUCUAGCCCUUGGGUUCUCUUUGAAGCGUUCUGAAUCAAUCCUUGCCGGUUCAGUAUUGCUCUUAGAAAUAUUUGAAGUUCUUGGUAUUCAUGAAAUGGAGGUAUCUCCUUAUGCGCUUGGAGAAGGUGUGAUUGCCGAGAGCUUGGCAAGUACUUGCUUGAAUUAUGAUGUAAAUGCCAAUAUCAGGUGGCAUUCAGUUAUGAGGCUUGCGUAUAGAUUUAAUGGAAAGAAGAGGAUGAGGACUGCUAUAAUUUGUUCAGGUCUGGCUAAGGAGAUUUUUGAAGGCCUAAAGACUUGUUAUGAAAUGAGUGACACUUAUCAGACUAGAUCUGUUUAUUGCUUUGAUGGUAAAGAUUAUGAAUAUCUUGAAGCCGCAAUCUUGCUUCAUGGUAUUGGACAUUUUAUUGGCAAAAAAGGUUAUCAUAAACAUUCCUACAGGUUGAUCAAGAACAGUAAGCACCUAUACGGAUACAACUCUGAAGAAAGAGAGAUGAUUGCACUACUAGCUAGAUAUCACAGGAAGAAGUAUCCAAGAUAUGGACAAUCUUUGCUUGAGCCAUUUCCAAGAGAGGUACAGCUGAAGAUAGGAGUCCUUUGUGCUAUAAUUCGGAUCUCUCUUGCUCUACAGAGGUGCCAGUUUUUGGUCAUUAGGGGAAUAGAAAUUAGCAAGUCUCAUGAAGGUUACCAACUUAUCCUCAGAUUGGGUGAGGAAAACUCGCAAUCCUCCGAGAUCUUCCAAAUGAUAUCCACAGAACUUGAACCAGAAUUGCAACAUUUCAGCAAGGUGUUAACCCAGAAGAUAUGUAUAGUAGUUUCUCAAUGAACUUGGCUGUGACAAACCUGAUUCCUAGUGACCCCUAUGAUGGGUGAAGCUGAGUUGUAUAUUUACAGUCAUGAGGCUCCAUAAGAGAAUCAGAAAUGAACAUUAAUGAUUUCGCAGAAAAGCGCAAAAACGUUAUAGAUAUAGAUGAAACCUGAAAAGUUGUAGAAGGGGACGAAACCCCAUUAAAUAUUUAGGUUGUGCUGAAUGAAGAGCACAUUUUCACGCCAAUAAAAUGUGCGGAGAGAAGUGUGUCAUUGAUGGAAGGCUUUGAUUCUAGGCCCUAUCAAAUAGUUUAUUCAUGUAAAUGCCUUGAGCAGGCUACGAAGCAUGUGUCAUUGUACUUGUACCUAAAUGAAAAUCAAAUGAAGGCGCUCUUACCCUGAAAA